ACAAAUUGCAAUAAUGAAGAGAAUCCAAGAAUUACCAAAUGAUAGGUCAUGCAAGAUAUAAGUUACCAUAUUUCAAGAUUUCGCAUUUAUUUCUCUUUUUCCAUAUUCAUCAAGAAAUUGGGAAUUUAAAAAAAAAACAAUUCAGGACUACUAAAAGGUAAACACUCUGUUCUUGGAUUCUCAUUUUGAAGAACAAACGAUGAUGAAGUCACCUUGCCUUGUCAUAGGUUGUCUCUUCCUUGUGAUUCUCUGGUUAUUGUCUCACCCCUCGUGCGGUCCGUACACGAGUAGGAUCAGUGAAACCAGAUUUUCCUAUACUCGGCCUGAUUCUUCCGGAUUGUCGAGAUUACUAAGAAGAACGAAAAUGGAGGACAGGACAGUCAUAGUUACCACGGUGAACCGAGAAUGGGCGAAACCCGGGUCUCUGCUCGACUUGUUCCUGGAGAGUUUUCGAAUUGGGGAGAGAACCAGACACCUGUUGGAUCAUGUGAUUGUUGUGGCUCUAGAUGAACAAGCCCUUCAAUACUGUAACAGAGUUCAUCCCCACUGUUUUCUCCUCAGGGAUUCUAGAAGAAAGUCAGCAAGAGAGGAAAGUUCUGCAAACCCAGAUGGAAUGGUCGGCGCUUGGAGGAAAAAGGCGCUGUUGAAAGAGAUUCUAGAACUCGGGUACAACCUGAUUUUCACCGAAGCAGAUGUGAUGUGGUUAAGGAAUCCGGUGAAGCAUUUGCACCCACAGCAUGAACUCUCAGUUGCAUGCAGUUCCUCUUCAGGAGAUGGACAAGAAACCGCUGCAGAUGACCAUGGAGGAUUCUUCUACAUGAAAUCAAAUGAAGUUACCAUACUUUUGUUAAAAGCCCUGAACAUGGAGAGGGUCUUGUACCCUGCAUCUGGAAAGCAAUCUAUCUGCGACAUAAUCAAGCGUGAAGAUGUACACAAGGCGUUUCACCUACGAGUAACAUAUCUGGAUGAUUCUAACUUCACGGGGCUUUGUCAACCAAAUGCGCAAGAUCUGAGCAACAUAAGCACAAUCCAUGCAAAUUGCUGUCAUGAUACAGACAGUAAAGUGAAUAACCUGAAGCUGCGUCUGGAGGACUGGAGAAAGAUUACUGUUGGAGAAAACGGUAUCCGGGGUAUAUCUACCUAGUGGAGAAGUCCAAGCAAAUGCAAAAGAACAGUUCCUUUAUAGCUAUUGGAAGACAAAAUAUAAGAAGCCUAACAUGAAUAAGAACAAAUUUAUUGCCUGAAACAAGUUAUCUGCAGAAAAAAACAUUACAAGGUACCAGGAAAAGGGAUUUACAGAAUCUGAGUCAUGCAAAGCAACUUACACAGGUAGAAGUAUAAUUAAAAAUCAGAACUUGAAAGAGCCGAGAUUUAGAAUUCUGC